AUGGGUUCCAACGAAGACAGUCGAAAACCACCGAAGCGCCGCCGCGCACGGAUGAGUGCCAUUUUGCCUCAACCCCAUAUGAUUUUCAGGUUCCCAAAGCCUGAAGACUACGACCACCUCGAUGACGACGUAGACGAUCAUCACCCUCCUCUCUCCGAAGAAUCCGAUGCAUGUUUGGAAACUAGUCCCGAUCACAAUCCUCGUCAUGAAAAUGGUACUACCACCAGCUCCAGACCUUCAACGGCGUCGUAUUUCGAUUGUAACUUGUGCUUCAAAUCGGAGAGGCAGCCGGUUGUGACAGUGUGCGGGCAUUUGUAUUGCCACUCUUGCUUGUGCGACUGGCUGCAGUUUGGUCGGAAAUGUCCUGUUUGUGAGGCCAAGGUGGUUGACGGACGCAUCUUUCCGAUUUAUCAAUGCAGUGGACCGAGACCGAAGACACAAUUGGUGUAA